AUGUCUCGUACUUUGUUCUCUCUUCUUGUUCUCUUCAUUAUCGCCACUGCUACUACUGUCUUGGCUGCUCCUGCUGAUGCCUGCAGAGGUUUCCGCAUCACAUCUCCUACUUUAUCUGGUUUACAAUGGACAGCCGGUCAAUGCUAUCAAGUCUCUUAUGAUAUUGGUGCCAACCCACCCAGCAGUAGCUACACUGUCUCGGUUGAUCUUUACAAUGCCAGCAAUAACAAGAAGGUUGCCUCUUUGGUCAAGAAUGAGCCAACAAGUUCCAUUGGUGCCACAAAACCCUUCAAUAUGGAUGCUCCUUCUACAGGUACCUACUAUUAUUUAGUUAUCUUUAACAAUGGCAAGGGAUGUGCUCCCAAAAAGUCUGUUACCUUCCAUGUCACCUAUAACCCUAAUUCUCCUCCUGCUACUUGUUAA